AGUUAUAGACUCUGAUGUUGUAAAAUAUCUCAUUAGAAUGUUAAAGACGUCAUCUCCAACUUUGCAGACAAAGAUUGCUUCCAUCUUUGAGUAUCUCACAAGUUUUAAACCAUAUGUGAUGAUGCUCACAAUUUCUGACAUUGAAUCAGGGCUUCAUGCUGUUUUUCAGAACCUACUGUCCAAUUGUACACAAGGAGUUGUUGACGAUAGACUUGAAUUGAAUGCCUUGAUGACUGAAGAAAUUGGAAUUGCGGUUGCUGCAGCUUCCAGGUUGCUGAUAAAACUUUUGGAUUUUGAGCAAUUCCAUAAUCCUGUCAAAACUUCAAAUUUUGAAUCUGUAUUACGUGAUGCUCUGAGAUCCAACAUUCCCCUCCAUACCAAGGACUGGGUAGCCUCAUGCCUCUUAAAGCUUGAAUCCAAGGCCAAUCCAGUCUUGGACUCAGGCAACCCUCCCAUAGGCUUGGAGGUGAUCAUCUAUGAUACCAUACCAAGACUUGUUGAGCAGAUGAGUAUGUCCUUUUCUCUUGAAUCUCGUGAAGCUGCGGCUAUUGAGCUUAAUGAUGUCGUCUCUAAAGGAGGUGUGGAGUUGAGCAAAGCCAUUGCUUCUGCUGGAGGAAUUUUCCCCCUUGUAAAGCUUACUGAAGUGGGGACUGGCUAUGCGCUGGAAGCUUGUUUAUCUAUCUUAUAUAAUCUUAGCUUGGAUGAUGAGAAUCAUCCUGCAAUGGUUUCUGCAGGAAUUAUUCCUGUUCUGAGGAGGAUUGUUCUCUCGGAAGGGCCUCAGUGGACUCUUGCUUUACGAUUGUUGAGAACAUUACCUACAUGAUAUGAUUAAGGAGCUUGCAGAAAAUGGACUGCAGCCAUUUAUCAAGUUCAGUGUAUUUGACUAACAUCUUUGACGGAACUGAGAUUUUGUUAUUAUUAUAGACAAAGAAUGGUAGGCUUUUAAAUGAAGGGUUGGAGUUUAGUUGCAUGCAUAUGCACCAUGCAAUGAUUAUGUUUUAGGGUGAUGAAUGCAAUUCUCAGUUCUUUUAGGCCGUAUAUUGCACCGACAAAUGCUAAAUAUUUUUAAAUAGAUUGCCAAAUUAUAAAU